GGAACGUGGUCGGACCUAAAUUACCGGUCUUUGCGAUGUGUGGAAUAUUUUGCUACAUCUGCACUAAUAACAGCUCGACUGAGGCUGAAGAAACGCUCGAGUCAUGUAGAAACUUUCUCAAAAACCGUGGACCCAACUAUGAGGCUACAUUGUGGUAUGAUUCGAUGGUGCUAUUUUAUGGAUCGGUGCUAUGGCAUCAGGGAGCAACGUUAUCCCAACAACCGAUGGAAAGUGAUCAAACGGUGCUGACAUUCAAUGGCGAUAUCUUCCAGAAGCGAGAAGAUAUGAGCCGGAGCGACACGAUGUGGCUGCUGGAAAGAAUUGAAGCUUGUGGGGGCGAUACAGAUCUUUUUAACCUUUUCGCUAGCUUGCGUGGUCCGUUUAGUGUUAUUUUUCUCAGGAAGGAAGUAAACAGAAUUUACUUUGCCCGUGACGCUGUUGGAAGAAACAGUUUGCUCAUCGGAAGGGACCGCGAUGGAAACACUUUCAUUUCGAGUGUUGGGGGGAACGUUGGAUCCAAUGUCGUUCACGAACUUCCCCCCUAUGGUCUAUACUUUAUUGAUUUAGAGUGCGUGAAAGAAUCUAAUUCGGUUACUUUGCUACCGUGGGUAGAUGAUUGUACGCAGCUAGAGCAGAUCAAUCCAUUAACAAUCCAACUAGCAGUCCAAUUAAAAAUCCCACAGGAUCCAAACAUUACACCGUACAAUUUUAAUUUUCACACCGCAUUAGAAAACGAAACCCUUUUGGGUGGAGACAUUUUCGACAGUCUGUUGAAAAACCCAGAGAUAAGCAAUGUUUGCAAUCAUCUUGUUGGUACUUUACGCAAUGCAGUUGAGGAGCGUAUCACCAACACCAUACAAUACUGCAAACUGUGUUUAGAACGGCAAUCAGAAUGUAUUCAUCCAAAGGUUGGAAUUUUAUUUUCGGGUGGAAUAGAUUGUACGAUUCUAGCUCUUUUAGCAGAUGAAUUCGUGCCAGCGAACUGUCCGAUUGAUUUGAUGAAUGUAGCCUUUGAAAAAGUAAACCGUACGAAAGUAAUGCCAGCUCAAACAGAAUGGAACGUACCGGAUAGAUUGACAGGGUGGGCAUCGCUGGACGAGUUGCGCCGUUUAAGGCCUAAUCGUACUUGGAAUUUUGUAGAGAUUAAUGUUUCUCGAUGCGAACUAAAUGAGAAAAGAAAAAUCAUUUCUCAGCUCGUGUUUCCUCUACUAAAUGUUUUGGACGAAUCGUUGGGUGCUGCACUUUGGUUCGCUUCUAAUGGAGUUGGGCAGUUAAAUGAACAAACUUAUGCCAGUACCUGUCGAGUACUGCUCUUAGGUUCCGGAGCGGAUGAACUAUUUGGUGGGUACACUAGACACAAAACAGCAUUCGAACGAAAUUUUGGUGGAUGUAGUGAAAAUCGUUCAUCGGAGCAUAGGUCACUCGCGUACCAGAAAGCAUAUGAAGCGCUGGAGGAAGAAUUGAAAUUAGAUUGGAAGCGCUUGCCAAGUAGAAAUUUAGCACGUGAUGACAGAGUAAUCAGUGACAAUGGUGUAACACCUAGAACUCCUUAUCUGCAAGAAGAUUUCAUCGCGUUGGUACGUUCCUUGAAAGCUUCUCAACGAUGUUAUCAUCCACUGGGACCCGGGAUUGGCGACAAGCUUUUACUACGCAUAUGUGCCCAUAAACUAGGGCUUACAGAAGCAUGCAUGCUAAGAAAACGUGCUUUACAGUUCGGUUCCAGGAUAGCAGAUCGAAAACAAAAGGCAUCCGACCGUUCAACGUACCUGCAAGAUUAAUAUUUAA